AUGGGUCUAAUCUCAUUCACGAAAGAACGCCUACAUGGGCUCGGCAGCCUGGAGGAAGACAAAAUUCACCUCCACCUCUAUGGUCCCCCCGGUCUCCGCUCCUUCAUCCGCCUCAACCUCACACAUACCCACACGACCCUCCGCGGCCUCUACGCCGUGCACGAACUCGUCCCGAAUCCCCUCCACCGCGAACCCAGCGGCGAAGCAUUAGCCGAUCCACCGGCAUUUUCGACUCCCUCUCGUUGGGAGAAAGAAUUACAUGCGAAUGAAGCGCAGGGAGAGGACAUACGUGCGGACGAGGACGGUCUGUGGCGCGAUAUUCUGUCUCUGGAGAAGCGUGGAGGUGGAAGCGGAGGCGGAGCGAAUGAAUCCGAAAGGAAAAUCAACGUUUCGGCGGCUUCGAUAGUGCAUCGCGUCCCCUGCCUGGGCUACGUCUUCACCCUCUCGAUCCCCCCUUCCCCUUCCCCCUCCGUCGCAUCCAAGGCCAGCAGCAGCUACAAAGUCGUGGUUCUCGGUGAUACCUCUGACCCAUCGUCUAUCAUCCCUCUCGCCGAAAAUGCCACAGUUCUCAUCCACGAAGGCACGAACUUCGGACCCGUCGACGUCCUCAACGAGUAUCUCGCCGCCAAAAUGGACGCCCAAGACGAAGCAGACGAAGCGAGGGAUCCGGAAGCGACGGAGGGUAAAGCAGAAGCAGAAGAGGCUCCGGUCGGAGACAAGCUGUUGUCGCUGAGCGAAAGGCGGGAGGCUUUCUACAUUGACUGGAUGAGGAAAAAGGAAGCGAAGAUGAGGAGUAGGGCGAUCAGCCGUGGUCAUUCGACGGUCAAGAUGGCUGCUGAGUUCGCGCAACGAAUCAACGCGGACAGGUUGAUUCUGACUCAUUUGAGCGCUAGGAUCCCACCGGACCCGCCCAAGAACACACAGAGGAACGGCACAAGCCCACCCGAAACGCGACAAAUUCCAUCUAUUCUACCCCAGCUCCGCAUUGUGGUCGACCAUGCGUUCUGUACAGGCCACACGAUCUUUGCACACGAUUUCUUGACUGUGCCUCUGUCCCGCUACGAUGUAUCAUCUAAUGUGGGAGAUUGGGAGCCUUCUUCACGGUCACGACCUCUAUUUGAAUCACUGGAACCUUCAACGUCUUCGUCCUUAACCACGUCCUCAUCUUCUUCUUCAUCCUCAUCCUCGCCCACAAACCCGGAUGAAGUCGCCGAGCCCGAGCUGAAAAAACGUACACGCAGCGCAAUAAUGUGGCAAAGUCUUCAUGAAAUUAUCGUUUCGCGACGUAUCGAACAAAGGGAUGAGGGCCCGACCGGAGUCCAGGGUCGUCGGGCAUCUAUGGAAGAUACAGCGAUGACGACAGAGGAUGCUAUUAACAUAUCUGCGACAUCAGACCCAGAAUCUGUGAAAAAAGGAAAGGGAGAGGCGAAGGGAAAGGGAAAGGGGAAGGGAGAGGGGGAAGGGGAGGGCAUUAGGAGGCAGGUGGGGGACGUCCGGGAGUAUUCUAUGGAUUCUGAGACGGUGCCGAGGAGCAGGGACGGGGACCAGGAACGACGGUGA